UGAGUCGGUGCAAGGCGUGGGCGUACAUGUUGAGGUGUUUACGUUUUUUUCUUUAUCACAGCAAACAACGACAAACAUGCUCUCAAUGUUGGCAGUGGUGCUGGUGCUUCAUGCUUUGGCUGGAAUUACCUGCAGUUUACAGACCAAGCCAGCUCAUGAUGGAACCUCUCUGGCACAAACUUUGUUCGGAGGAAACUUUCAACAGCUCACACCCGGCACUAAGGAUCUCAAACCAAAGAAGCUGAUGCGGCGACUGGGAAAAGAUUUCAAUGCCUUCUGGAUGUCAACAGAACUCCCCCACGACCUGCUCAAGCUACAUGUGCAGGCCAAAACCGACUCGGCUUUGAUUCCAGACCUGGAGAGCACCAACCUGCAGGCUUUGGAGCAGACGCUCCGCGCCAAGUACGGGCGCGACAACGUCAGCGGGGACGACGGCGGGGUGGACGCGGUGGAUCAGCUGGCUGGUGGCGGGGAUCUGGUGGAGCACGUGAUGCGGCUGGUGCAGACGUGGCUGGUGGAGAAGGCGUCGUGCCGCGUGUACUACCAGUGGGAGGACCUGGGGCUCCUCUUCUGGCCCCGCUGGAUCAAGCGCGGCCUGUGUCAGCCGCCAGAGGGCGCGCUUCACACAAUGGCCGCCCCCAAACCUGCCGCCUGCUCGUGGCCGCCCGGCAUGCACUGCGUUGCCGCCAAACCGAAGACCAUCCAAGUCCUCAGGUGGGCGUGUCGAUACAAGCCCAUCAGACGGUUGGACCGGAAGCCCAGAUCGACCGUGGCAGAAAACGGAAGUCGGAACAACACGCACCACGAGACGCCGAAUUUCGAUCUCGUCAAAUACAGGAUACAAAACUCGAACGGGUCGGACACCCAUGUCACCAUGCGACCAAACACGUUCAUUCAUCUGCUCAGCAGACACGAGGGGCGGUCGUCUGGUAGAAAGGACGAGUACAAUGAGACCGAGGACGAGAAGAAAAGGGGGACAACCAUGAAAUGCAAAUGGGAAAAGAUCAAACUGCCGGUGACUGAUGAAUGCUUUUGUUCAUGUUAAAAAAAUUCUUCGAUGUUAAUUUAUUUUGAAUUAAUUUAAUCUUCCGAUGGCUAACUCUUGAUGUCAGUCAUAGCUGACCCUUGAUGUCAGUCAUGUUGUAGCGGGUGAAAGUUUGUCUUGAUGUAAGUUAAUUUAAUGAUGGAUGACAUUGUCUGUGUAAGUUUAUCUGAUGAUCUCUAUAUCCCUCAUGACUGCCUGCUAUUUGCAGACAACUAAAUGAUACCAACAGUAAGGAACUAUUUGUAAUGAACUACUAGUAGUAGUAGUUUACCAGUACCACAUGUAGGGAACUAAUAUUUACAACUACUACGAUUAAGGAGCUAAUCGAUGACCAAUUCCAAUGAAUUAAAUGUUACCCCUAUUAUAACAUGAAACACGAAUUAAAUAUUACCCCUAGUAUAAAAUGAAUUAAAUGUAACCCCUAGUAUAACAUGAAACAGCAUAUUCACACUCAAUACCAACACAUUCCCGUGUUUGGAAAAUUUUUUGUAGAUACUUUUUAAAAAAAAAAUCUUCCCUCAAAGAUACAUAUUUUAGAUCCUUGGAUCAUGAAAAAUGUUCCUUCAACCUUGCAGAUAUUUGUCCUCUGCUAAAUGUGAGCUAUUUAUUGUAAUAACUUUAUAACUGAAACCAUAACAGAAUAAA